AGCUAGCCGGAGCGGCGGGCGAGCGCGGCGAGCAGGCGCAGGGUUGAGGGACGCGGUGCGGGAGGCGCGCUCCCCAGCUCCGCCGCUGCCGUCUCCCGCGCCUCAAGCACCCCGUUUCCUUCCCUCCCCUCCCCUGCACUCCGGCCUGGGGUCCUGGGCGGGGAGCGGAGGGAAGGAACGAAGGAGGAGGAGGCGAAAGCGGAGCGAGGGGCGGAGGAGGUCCCGGCGCGGGGCGAGGCGCGCGCUGCCUCUCGCUCUCCCGCCGCAUCCGCCGCCUCCUUGCCGGGCGCGGCGGCCCCGGGGCGCGCGGGACUCCCGGGGCGCCCGCACUAUGCAGGCGGACUGCCGGCCGCCGCGAUGGCGAGCCGGGCGGUGGUGAGAGCCAGGCGCAGCCCGCACGGUUCGCGAGUCCGGGCCGCGGCCGCCGCCCCCGCCCGGGCCGCGCUCCUCCACUCGCACUCCUGCCUCCUCCCUCCCCGCUCCAACUCCUCCUCCUCCCCUAUGCCUCUGUUCCUUCUGCUCCUACUUAUCCUGCUCCUGCUGCUCGAGGACGUCGGAGCCCAGCAAGGUGAUGGAUGUGGACACACUGUCCUGGGCCCUGAAAGUGGAACCCUUACAUCUAUAAACUACCCACAGACCUAUCCCAACAGCACCGUCUGCGAAUGGGAGAUCCGUGUGAAAAUGGGAGACAGAGUGCGAAUCAAAUUUGGUGACUUUGACAUUGAAGAUUCUGAUUCUUGUCAUUUUAAUUACUUGAGAAUUUAUAAUGGCAUUGGAGUUAGCAGAACUGAAAUAGGCAAAUACUGUGGUCUGGGGUUGCAAAUGAACCAUUCAAUUGAAUCAAAAAGCAAUGAAAUUACAGUACUAUUCAUGAGUGGCAUCCAUGUUUCUGGACGAGGAUUUUUGGCCUCAUACUCUGUUAUAGAGAAACAAGAUCUAAUUACUUGUUUAGAUACUGCAUCCAGCUUUUUGGAGCCUGAGUUCAGUAAGUACUGCCCAGCUGGUUGUCUGCUUCCUUUUGCUGAGAUAUCUGGAACAAUCCCUCAUGGAUAUAGAGAUUCUUCGCCACUGUGCAUGGCUGGAGUGCAUGCAGGAGUGGUGUCAAACAUUUUGGGCGGCCAAAUCAGCGUUGUGAUUAGUAAAGGUAUUCCGUACUAUGAAAGUUCUUUGGCUAACAACGUCACAUCUGUAGUGGGACACUUGUCUACAAGCCUUUUUACAUUUAAGACAAGUGGUUGUUAUGGAACACUGGGGAUGGAAUCCGGUGUGAUUGCUGAUCCUCAGAUAACAGCAUCAUCUGUGCUGGAGUGGACUGACCACACAGGGCAAGAGAACAGUUGGAAACCCGAAAAGGCCAGGCUGAAGAAACUGGGACCUCCUUGGGCUGCUUUUGCCACCGAUGAAUAUCAGUGGUUACAAAUAGAUCUGAAUAAGGAAAAGAAGAUAACAGGCAUCGUAACUACUGGCUCCACCAUGGUGGAACAUAAUUACUAUGUGUCGGCCUACAGAAUUCUAUACAGUGAUGAUGGACGGAGAUGGACUGUGUACAGAGAGCCUGGUGUGGAGCAGGAUAAGAUAUUUCAAGGAAACAAAGAUUAUCACCAGGAUGUGCGUAAUAACUUUUUGCCACCAAUUGUUGCACGUUUUAUUAGAGUGAAUCCUACCGAAUGGCAGCACAAAAUUGCCAUGAAAGUGGAACUGCUUGGAUGUCAGUCUGUUUCUAAAGGUCGUCCUCCAAAAUUUACUCAACCCCCACCCCCUCGGAACAGCAAUGACCUCAAAAACACUACAGCCCCUCCAAAAAUAGCCAAAGGUCGUGCCCCAAAAUUUAUUCAACCACUACAACCUCGCAGUAGCAAUGAAUUUCCUGCACAGACAGAACAAACAACUGCCACUCCUGAUAUCAAAAACACUACUGUAACUCCAAAUGUAACCAAAGAUAUAGCCUUGGCCGCAGUCCUUGUCCCUGUGCUAGUCAUGGUCCUCACCACUCUCAUCCUCGUCUUAGUAUGCGCUUGGCAUUGGAGAAACAGAAAGAAAAAAACUGAAGGCACCUAUGAUUUACCUUACUGGGACCGGGCAGGUUGGUGGAAAGGAGUGAAGCAGUUUCUCCCUGCCAAAUCAGUGGAACACGAGGAAAGCCCAGUUCGCUAUAGCAGCAGUGAAGUUAAUCACUUGAGUCCAAGAGAAGUCACCACAAUGCUGCAAACUGACUCUGCAGAGUACGCACAGCCGCUAGUGGGAGGAAUUGUUGGCACACUUCAUCAGAGGUCUACCUUUAAACCAGAAGAAGGAAAAGAAACUGGCUAUGCUGAUCUAGACCCUUACAACUCCCCAGUGCAAGAAGUAUAUCAUGCCUAUGCUGAACCACUCCCAAUUACUGGGCCUGAGUAUGCAACCCCAAUCUUCAUGGAUAUAUCGGGGCACCCCACAGCUUCAGUUGGUCUGCCCUCAACGUCCACUUUCAAAGCUACAGGAAGUCAACCUCCCCCUUUAGUGGGAACAUACAACACUCUUCUCUCCAGGACUGACAGCUGCUCCUCAGCCCAGGCCCAGUACGAUACCCCAAAAGGUGGGAAGCCGGGUCCGAGUGGCCCGGAUGAAUUGGUGUACCAGGUGCCACAGAGCACGCAGGAGGUAUCAGGAGCAGGGAGGGAUGCUGACAGGGAAGUUUGUCAAGAAAUCCUUUGAAGGUGAUGGUGCUUUUUACAAAGCAUCAUUUGAAAGCACAUGGCCUUUAUUUUCUAUUAGUGGUAGUAAUAUAUAGAAUGUAUUACGUAUCUGUCACGGCUGUGGUUGGGGGAAAUGUGAUGACCGAGGUACAGGAAACUACUAAUCUUGCCAUCUUGCUUUAAAAGUGUUAUUGUGGCACAGUUACUGCUUGCCUGUUACAUUUCAAACAUCCUGUUUGUUACUACUGUAAAACACUAUUUUUAAUACAGAAAAAGCUCCCUACUGUGCACUUCAAAGAAAUUGAAAAUCACUGAGAGUAAGUAUUUAUUACCAAUGCUGCAGGUACAUUGAUGAACUCAAGAGAUGGCUCUGUAAGCCUGACUGGCAAUAACUCAAGGUACUGUUCUUGAAAUGUCUAAUGGCUUGAAAUUCUACUCUCUUUGUGAAAGGUGGGUACUAUCAUGAUUUCCUCCUCUUCUAUUCCUAUAUUGCUUUCUGGGUUUAAAAAAAUAAUUCGUGAUCUAGUCAUUGUUUUCACUGCAGUCAUACACACUUGUCCAUUUUUCCUUAGGAAGAGCUAAAGGUGGGAAACUCUGGCUUGUAAUGAACAGGGUGAUUUACUUUUCACUUUUUUACACACUUAAGGGCUUUAAACACUCAUGGUACAUGACCUGGUUUCAGCGCUGCUUGCUCCGCCUGGGGCCAUUGGUGGCCAGCCCCAUUCUUGUAUUUAUAAAAGGUCUGAGUGUUUUCAAUGGGUGAUAUUUGCUUUAUCAACCUCAUGAAUUCAGAUCCUCUAAUGUCUUUAAGUUUCUUUCUCUGCCUGGAAACAGGAACUUUACAAUUUAAAAAAAAAAACUAUCCAA